UUUUUUACGAUCUAUACAUCAUAUCGAUCUGCCUACUCUAAGCAACCUUGCAGGCAGUCUAGCAGUACCAAUAAUAAGGACACUGAAGACGCAGGAUUUUUUCUGUUUUUGGAUUUCUUCAAUUACUAUUUUUAAAAUAUUUUUCAAAGAAUUUUUGCUUCCCGGUUUCUCUGAAAAAUUCCCAAGUAAAACACUUCUUGUAAGAUUCCUCUCAUAUACGUAAGACUUCUGUAUCUUUAAUAAAGACAUCGCAACAUGUCCGUAUUUCGAAGGAUAUAAGCUAAGAUGACUUAUUUAUCUAAUACGAAAUAGAAAGGCAAUUAUUACAUCGAUAUCACUUUAGCUUAUUGUUUUUUUAAAAUAAGUUUUUUUUUUUUUUUUCAUCUAAUUUGAAUUUUUCACUGAGAGGCUUUAUUUUCCAAUUCAACGUAUUCAUGAGCAGCAACAACUUUUGGCGAAGUUUCCGUCUUUCCAGAUUCUCAUGGGUUAAAAACCCAAUCCUUCCCUUAUAUACUUCUCCUAUGCGUCGUUCAAUGGCUUCAGCUUCACCGACUGGACGUUUAAGUCUCAGCCAGCGUGUCAAGGAUCUUACGAAAAAGUAUGGUUGGUGGGCUCUGGGAGUAUAUUUAGGCAUUUCCGCCAUCGACUUUGGACUUUCGUUUGCUCUUGUUCGCACUUUGGGUACGGAAAAGAUCGGUUAUAUUGAACAAUCGGUCGUGGGAAGUCUCCGGAGACUAUUGAAUAUGGAAUCUUCUGAUAUACCCUCCUCUGACGAGCCUCAAACAUAUCAUUCUAGCAUUUGGACGGAAAUAGCCGUUGCGUAUGGAAUACAUAAAGCUUUGAUCGUGGCUCGUUUACCCAUCACAGCUGCCAUUGUCCCUCCUCUGGUCAAGCGAUUCCGAGGCAGGAAUUUGCGUCUACGAUAAAUUGAUUGAAACGAUAAUCCCACAAAAACUGCUUAGUAAUUUCCGUAAUUUCUAAAAGAUAGAACAAGAAUAGCAUGAAUCUAAAUAACAAGUACCUUUUUGUCAUACGCCUCCAAAGCAUACUGUAACAACCCUGCUUUCAC